AUGACAACCUUAAAGGAGGGUACGGAUGACAACCUUAUAGGAUGGGUAGGAAUGAAACCUUCCACAGGUGCCUUCAGCAGUCGCCUUAGGAUGAGGUCGAAAAAUAUAGUAUUCUUUAACUUGCCUGUAGGAGAGAAGCUGCAUGUACGCAUUUGUCUGCCAGUGCCGCUGUACCAUUGUUUUGGUUGUGUUGGUGGAGUUAUAGCUGGCGCUCUGUAUGGAGCAACCUGCGUCCUCCCCAGUGAAGCCUUUGAUCCCGAGGUUUGCCUUCAGGUGAUACAAGACGAGAGAGCGUCUUCUUGCUACGGUACACCCACGAUGUUCGUCGACAUACUGAAUGUUCAGCGCAGGAAGCCCAGAGACGUAAGCUCCUUGUCAGCAGGAGUCAUGGCUGGUGCUCCGUGUCCCCGGGAACUAGUCAUGGCAGUCAUGAAUGAACUCAAUAUGAAGGGACUUACGUUGGUGUAUGGAAUGACAGAAACGAGUCCAGUGACCUUCCAGUGUUUCCAGUCAGACUCUCCACAAGUCAGGUCCUCUACAGUAGGUUAUCCUGGUGAACAUAUCGAGACUAAUAUAUAUAUUUACCACAGCGGAAGCUACAAGUUUGGAGAUCUGUAUGGCGCUGGUGAUAGUUGCCACAAGACGAUGCUCGCAGACAUUGCUACCAGAGUUAAAUUCGAUGAUCCUUUCAAUAUUCAGUUUACUUCUGGUACGACUGGCUUACCCAAGGCUGCUGUCCUCACCCAUCACAUGGUCAUCAACAAUGCUUAUAGCACAGGCAGGCGAGCAGACUAUGACAAAAGUCAUGUACGCAUUUGUCUGCCAGUGCCGCUGUACCAUUGUUUUGGUUGUGUUGGUGGAGUUAUAGCUGGCGCUCUGUAUGGAGCAACCUGCGUCCUCCCCAGUGAAGCCUUUGAUCCCGAGGUUUGCCUUCAGGUGAUACAAGACGAGAGAGCGUCUUCUUGCUACGGUACACCCACGAUGUUCGUCGACAUACUGAAUGUUCAGCGCAGGAAGCCCAGAGACAUAAGCUCCUUGUCAACAGGAGUCAUGGCUGGUGCUCCGUGUCCCCAGGAACUAGUCAUGGCAGUCAUGGAUGAACUCAAUAUGGAGGGACUUACGUUGGUGUAUGGAAUGACAGAAACGAGUCCAGUGACCUUCCAGUGUUUCCAGUCAGACUCUCCACAAGUCAGGUCCUCUACAGUAGGUUAUCCUGGUGAACAUAUCGAGUUUUUAGCUCUUGCUGCCUUGAAACACGGAUUAGAGCAACACCUGGCCAUUUGUAAUGCUCGGGAGAAGACCGGUUUGUCGUAUAUGAGUCGCAACAUCAACCUCAGACCUGGUGACCAGGAGGAACCUCCAAAAACCUCAUUAUCUUCAUUAUCGGACCAGCAGCUCUUGUCCUUCAUAACACGAGUUGAAGCAGCGCACAGAGAAAAUGUUGGCACUAUUGAAGAAUCCAUCUUGAGUCAUCAUAUAAUGGAGAAAGAGAUGACUAGACCAGGCUAUGGUCCUAGUGUAGUACGUCAUCUGAGCCAGAACUCUUCUAUACUUGGCCACCUGGAGAACUCUGCACUACUCAACACAUCCAUCACACCAACUUGCUUUAUAGAGUUUGGUGCUGGCAGAGGUAAGCACACUAUACAGAUAUAUUUAGCUAAAGAAGUUGUAUUGUUUGUAAUUUUUCUAAGUCAAAUUCAAUAUAAAGAUUUACAGUAUUUCACAAUUAGAGUUACACAGGUAUAA